AUGUACACAUUGUUCACAUAUUUAACUUCCAUCACAGCCCAGGAAGAGGAGGAAGAGGAGGAGGAUGAUGACGAAGACGAAGAAGAAGAGGAGGAGGAAGAUGAAGAAGAGGAAGAAGAAGAGAAUAAUCUGAAGAAGAUGGAGAAACAAAGAUCCCAGGGAAAGAACCUGUCGGUCAAAGUGACAGCUGGGAAAGUGAAGGUGGAAAACCCAGAACGCUUGGAGCAGGAGGAGAAGGCCGAGGAAAAACGUCUCGCCAUCAUGAUGAUGAAGAAAAAGGAAAAGUACCUGUACGACAAGAUCAUGUUUGGAAAAAAGAGAAAAGUCCGAGAGGCUAACAAGCUGACUGCCAAGAGGAAGGCCCACGAUGAUGCUGAAAAAUCCAAGAAGAAGACAAAGGCCAACAAAUGAAUCGUCUGAUCGUGUAUUUAGCAGAUUGACUUUGUGUAUUUACAUUCUAUUACAGGUUGAGAUUUCCUGUAUUACCUGUAACCCUGUGUGUGUGAGUUUGAUGCACCUGAUGCGUUGACCUUCAAGUUGAAGAAGAAAUGCAGGAUGUGGCUUAUGCUCAUUGUGUUAUUAAUAAAGAGCUGUUUUACAUUACACAAGAUAUUUCUUCCACUUAGUUGUUAAAGCUGUUCAUGUAAAUGGUCUUUAUUUUAAAGUAAAAACACAAAUAAAAAAUCCUGUUACUUGU